AUGAAGUCGAUUUUACAAAAAUCAUGGCUAUUGAUUUUACUAUUGAAAUUAUCACAUUUUGAAAUUGAUGCAAAAAUUACCAUCGAUGAUAGCACAGGUCAUUUUGUGGAUUCACAAGGAUUUGUAAAAUUAUUUCAUGGUAUCAACUGCGUGCCCAAAGUGGAUCCAUAUUACUAUCCAACAUUACUUGAACCAUCUUCAAUGAAACAACUAACAGAUUGGGGAUUUAAUGCUAUCCGAUUAGAGCUUAGUUGGUUUGCAUUGAAACCAUUUGAAAAUGUGACCAAUUCUUCAUAUUUAAAUAUAAUUGAAAAAAUUAUUGAUAAUGCUGGAUUAUAUGGAAUUUAUGUUAUCAUCGACUUACAUCAAGAUGGAUUAUCUGAACGUCUGGGAGCAAUUGACUCAGCACCAUAUUGGUUUAUGGAUAAAAUAAGUAGACCGUGGAAAACAUUCGAAUAUCCUUGGCCAUUAACAAAAGAACCAGGUGAAUCUGACUGGUUUCUCACAUAUGCUACAUAUGAAAGUGCACAUGUAUUUGAAAGUAUUUAUCGGAAUGUUUCAGGAUUAUGGAAAUAUUUUGGAGAAUAUUGGAGGCUGACAGUUAAGCGAUUCGGAAAGAAAGAAAAUGUUUUGGGGUAUAAUUUAAUUAAUGAACCUGCACCAGGAAAUUAUUAUAUCAAUCCAUUUCUUCUAAUACCUUAUAAUUCAGGUCAUUAUUUAUUGUCGUUCUAUGAUUAUUUGGUGAAUAUUAUUCGUGAAACAGACAACAAUACAUUGAUAUUUUACGAGAGUGUCACUUACGGGAUAUAUUUUCCAUUUGUCUAUGGUAUACCUGGUACUGGUAUACAACGGGUUCCUGGUCUGUUACGAGAUGAGACGGCUAGAAAGAAGAGUGUAUUUUCUUAUCAUUACUACUGUUGGAUACUGCAAUCAAAUAAAGCUACAGACGAUAUUCCAUCAUGGAAACGAUAUGUUUGUGAAAAAAUUUUGAAUUAUACUUUUAGUAAUGUACAAAAUAUAGUUGCAUCCACUGGUGGUGGACGAUUUUUAACGGAAUUCGGUUUGUGUCUUCCUGAUGGAAAUCCGAAUUCCAUCAAUACAGUUGAAUGCAAUGCUGUGCUGAAUGCAGCUGACAGUAGCUUUGAAUCAUGGACCUAUUGGGAUGAAUAUGAAUUGUAUCCUAGUAUACUAGCAGAUGAUUAUUCCCUCAGAUCACUCAGUCGUACUUACCCACAGUCGACCGCCGGUCAGCCACUUCAACUACAAUUCAAUGUAGAAACAGGUGUAUUCUAUUAUAAAUUUAUACCAGCCCUGAAUUCUUGUAAAAAUAUGAACACAGAAUUUUUAGUUGCAGAAAUAUUUGUUCCAUUGUCUAUUCAUUAUCCAAAUGGAAUAAGAACUCAUUUCGCUCCAGAGAAAUUGUAUUACAGAAUGCAUGAAACGAAUACAAAUUUGAUGCUUGUCUACGCAUCAUGUACAUUGAUUGAUACAAAUCUUAAUCUUAUUGAAAUUACUAUUUCACCAAAUCAAACUGAGAAUAUUGCUGACUGAUUAAAUUCACUCUAAAU